AGACUAAAGAAUAACUUUAACUCGCGGUAGGUAACACCUAGGGGAGAAAGGCCAAUCUCAGGAAUACGAAAACAAGACACGCGGUUAUCUUUACGAGGUUAGCGAGAGGUAACUACAAAAGAAGUCUUCUCAAAAUACGGUGCUCUUAACGAGAGCUAUAACUAUGACUGGACUACAAACUGGCAAUUCAGACUGUGAACUUUUACGAGCUGUGUCACGAUCCAGCACUGAGAGCUGGGUGGCGUCUGGUUAUAUUGCAGAAUGGAUGAAGCUUGAUUGGUUGCACUCCACCUGUUCCUGAGCUGGCUGAUUGUGGCAGAUGGGGAACACCUGUUGCUCCUUCUGCACUGCUGGGCUGCCCUAAAAGGAGAGAAGAUGGUGAGAGAGGGGGAGAGCACUAACUAGGCCUGGCAGCAGCCAGCCUGACAGUUUUCUAUGGAGAGUUUCUACGCUGAACUUGCUGUAGCUGGAUCAGGAGCCGACUGAGGAUGUUCAGGCAUCUGAUUAGGAUGUUUCCUGGGUGCCUCCUUUAGAAGAUUCCUGGGGAACUUGGAGAAGACCCUGGGGUAGACCUAGAACUCCCUGGGAGGAAUUUAUAUCUCAUCUUGCCUGGGAACGCCUUGAGAUCCCCCAGGAGGAGGAUGGAUGCAUAGAUGUAGUGAUGUAUUUCCUGGUAGGACAAUAUGUAUUUAUUUACACAAACACUUUUUGACACUUACACAAACAUGAUAUAGUUAAUUGGUGAGGUUUAGAAGUGCUGAUAGCUAACCAGACAAAGCCAGACUCACUGUUUCCCUCUUAGCUUUAUGCUAAGCUAACCAGUUGCUAACUGCAGCACAAUAUUUACUGUAUAGAUAUGAGUGCAGGACUGAUUUCCCGCAUUACUCUCUGCAAAGGAGAGUAUUUUCCAAACUGUCCGACUAUUUCUUAGUGGUGCAAGUGACUAAUUAAAUGAUGCACUACCCGAAUUGUUGUAUAGUUUUGGUGCUAAUAUGAAAACUGACAUAUGCAAAUAAAAAUAAAAACCACAUAUGUAGAGUAGAUUCCUUUGUGACUAAUAUACUAAUCUUGAUAAAUCUGUCUGUGUAGCAGAGGUUAAUGUUUGUAUUUAGCUGUAGCAAUAGAUACAGCUCUACAUGGGUCCAUUUUGGCUCUGCUGCUCUCUUUACGAUGGCUCAAAGUGCUAGUUAAAGGAAUUCUUGGUUCUCUGCCAAAUAGGACAAUUAUAGGAAAAUCACGAGAGAGGUUGUUAAAGGAUAAGUUUAACAAUAAUAGUAACUGUAAUGUGACUGGGCAUACACAGGUAUAUGGUCAAAAGGUGAGCACAUUAUACAGUCUAUGAUAGUUAUAUAAAACAUAGAUACAAUUUAUAGAGUCACAAAACAAGUACUUGUGCAAUUAUUACAGUUUUUCUCAGUCGCUUUGGUAUAUUUCUCGAAUCAUCCUCGACAUUUGCAAAACAGUAAGUGCAUUUCUCAGAACAAUUUGUACAAAUAGCAAAACACCAUGGAUUACCUGCAAAAGCCAGUCUCAUGCUGAAAAUCCUUAGUUCAUCUCUCAAAAGUAAAUAUCUGUGUCAAUGAACAUGUCAGUGCCAUCAGAAUGACAAGUCUUUGUGUCAUUGUGUGGAUAACACAGUCAGAUUGCUUAGUCAUGUCAUUAUAACAGUGUACUGUGGAGGAAUAUUCUGAUGUAAACUAUGGCUAAAGUUUUGAUGACAAUUAUUGUAAAUCAUAAGUUACACCUUAGUGUAUGUGGGAGAUUGAUUGCAAGAGACUGGACAAGAUUCACAUUUACGCUUUUACUGUUUGUGUUGCAAUUUGUCAACAGACCACGUCAUUGCAAUACAGAAAGGAAAACAGCACACAUGGCACAAAGAAAAAGCAAAAAAAUAAAAGUAGAAAUGUGAACAUAGGACAAUCUCCUUGGGGAAAACUGUACAUGCAGUGCUGUAGGAAUUACAGUGCCGUCGUUCUACACCUCCUGAUGUUCCUGUCUGUUGGGCCACAGGUUCUCAUCCACAUCACAAAUAUCUUCUCUUGCGUCUUUGAGUGAUUUCAGAAAACCCAAACCCUUCACACAUUUCCCUUCGUACAGAAAUUCAAGAUUCACCUGGGAGCAAUUUACCAAUUUAGGACAGAUUUAGAACAAACUCUAAUGGAAAUGUAAAGAAAUAUCCUUGACAUAUUUUGACAACUUGUUCAACCUUUUUGCUUGUAAAGACUUAUACGAUGAACUAAUGCCUAAAUGUUGUGGAGGGUGAGACUAUUCAACAGAGACCCAUUAUAAUACAUUUUGAUUGACAUGACAUAAGCAAUUCAUAAUGUAGGAAAAAGCAGAGAAUUGUACAGAAUCAUUUGCAUGGAUGUACCAAAGCAUUUGCAGCUUGUUCAGAGAAAUGAGAAACUGCUUUUUUGAUGUGCACAAGUGACACAAUGAUGUGAAGACUGAACAAAUAGUUUUGAGAAUUUCAAUUCUGAGCUGAGAAAUGUACCAAAGAGACUGAGAAAAACUGUAAGUGAAAGUGUGAAAUUCUGCCAUCUCCUGGCUGAGUUUAGAAAAACACAAAAUAUCCAGACUGGCUGUAUUAAGAGUUACCUCAGUACAGGCACAAAGUAGUCAGAUUACAAUGUAGAAUUAGUCAAUUAUAAGUCAACGGCCGGCAGAGAAAAUAUUCUUUUGGUGAAUGUUUGAAAGUACUAUCAGAAUGACAAUAAGUAUCAAAGUUAAGAUACUCAAUUUAGACCCACAUGAAUGUCACAUGAUUAUUUAUUGUGCUAUAAACCAUAGUUACUGAUAGAUUAAUGUGUAAACAGCCAGAAUAUAAUGUUGUACUUGGUCAAUAUGGAGUUAAUCUAAUGCAUUUUUAUGCUGAUGGAUGCUUUAAUUUAUGACAAUGUACUGCAUUUAAUGGGCACAUGACAUAUUUUGGUGGUAAAAUCUUAACCGUGAAGUGACUAUCUAAAAUGUAGUGGAGUAACAUUUAACUCGGACAUGUAGUGCAGUAGUGGCAAUAAAAUAGUAAUAAUAUGCAAAAUAAAGCACUAGCUGAAACCACCUUUCACUUUAACCUUUCUUCCACUUCUUUCAGACUUGGCACGAAUCAUAUCAGACCCACUACAAGUCCAGAUGUUGCAACAGUCCAUUUUCACUGUCUGAUUUUGUCUGUCCUCCUACAUCUAUCUGCUUUCUGUUGGUCCACAAAGCCCACAAAGCUCCAAAAGACAGUGGAGUGGAAUGUAUAAAUAGAGUCUGAAGUCCUUUUGCCGGCGAACAGGCUGUUUAAUGUCAAUGAAUGCUCCACCCAUCGGUUCAUUCUUAAGAGAAGGAUCGUCAGGUAUAAAGGCGUACUUGUUCUUUGAAGAGGAAACAACCUGAGAGGCCUGAAUAGAGUUGUCUUCUCCUUUAAAGGUGUGGGCGGGGAGCAGAGUUGGGUUUCAGUGUCACCACCCACUUUUCUAUUCUCGCACACUGUAGUUGAGUCCAGUCACAGUCCAGAGAGCGGCUGUGGGCUGUCUAUGUAUAUGUCUAUGUGUCUGUGUGUGUGUGUGUGGGUGUGUGUGUUUGGAUCCAGCCUCAAGCUUUCCGGACUGACUAUGAACUUAAGCGCCAUCAAUGAAGAGCCGCAACACGACACACCACAGGGGAACUUCUACGGCUUGUCCACACCUUUUCCAAAGGUCAUUGACCCCUGAGAAAGGAUUGCUUGACUUCUGUUUGUCAAAGAAACUGAUUUUUCAUACACUGGAUGAGCACUUUUAUCAACUGAGGAAAUGGCCAAGGUGUACAAACUCUAUGUAGGAAUAGUAACAGCCCUGGCCUUAUGCAAAUACUGCCUGGCAGAGGGGAAUGCCACCGACGAGUCUGCCAAUCGAACUGUGCCCCACUGUCAUCGCCAUGGCGACACAGACAAUUGUACAGAACAGUGGAGUGGCCACUUCUCAAAGUGUCCUGAGGAACUGCAGAACUACUGCAUCCACGGGGAGUGUCGUUACGUGGAGGACCAGAACGCACCGUCCUGCAGAUGUUGGUUUGGUUAUGACGGCCCCAGGUGUGAAUUUGUGAUCUUGGACCCGUUGAUAGACAAUCGACAAAUCAUAAUUGGCUGCACCAUUGCAGGGCUUGUGCUGAUCAUUCUUCUCAUUGUUUUCAUCUGCAUCUGCUCACAUCGUAGGUGCAGAUUGUGUCGGCGGAGAGGAAGACGGAGGGAAGAACCGAGGAACGGCACAGAGAAGCUCAGCAUGAUGGACACCGGUGCGACACACACGACCUUAACUCCAGACUCAACAGAACCACUGCACACCAACUCUGUGUGAGGAAUCUGGGCCAACACAUCCACAAGUUUGGGAAGCGUUUAUGCAAAGCUGCUGCCUUUUGUCUCGAAGCGAUGGCAGUGAACUAUCAGAUGUCCCUGAGCAGCACUGGGGCCUCAGAAGAAGGACAUUUCUGAAUAGAGAGUCAGGAGUUUGUACCUCUCCUUUUAACAAACAGCCUUGUCUGAAACGACAAAGAAGAGGACUUCCUGAAGUCAUAAUGAGCACAAGUUGGAGUGUUUAGCUGCUUGUUUGGUGGCAAGGAUGUUUUUUUUCCAACACUGAAGGGCAACAGGCACUUGUAGCCUUUCUCUAAGUGCUGCUGACUGCAUGGCGCUAAAUAAAUUGUUGCUAUGUUGGAAAAGCUGUGACACCAGCUGGCAGCUGGUGGUAACAGUUGAUCAGGCUGACCAGUUACUGGUCUGUGUGGGAGACACUUGGAAACCAAAAAACAAGGAAAAAGACUGAAGGAGGAUAAGACACUACUUUCACUUUAGAGAAUUCUAGUCACUUAAAUAAAUGUAUAGAAAUAUGAAAUCUUACAAGUAACAGCAGCUGCUGUUUAGUAUCUUUGUGUCAUUCUGUGCUAUUUCUAAUUUGCUUACUGUUAGUUUUGUUUUAGUGUCACUUCAGAAAAGCACAGUGUUUUGAUAUCUGCACCACAAACUCAACAGUUUGCAUCACUUCCUCCUCAAUCCACUAAAUUGGCUCCAUUAUCCCUCUGAACCCCAAGCACUUCCUGGAUGUUUAUUUACUCUUGUCUCCUUUUAAUCACUGGGGGUCAUUAUUUUCUGCAGUAUAAAAUCCUGCACCUCAGUGAAAACAGCACAAACAAGGCUAGAAGUGGACAGAACUCAAAAAAUGUCUUCUGUGCGGUAUGAUACAGUUGGCACAAAUGUAAAAAAAAAAGCUUUUUCUUUUCUUUUUAUUAUUUAUUCAAAAAAUACAACAACAAUAAUCCGGAACCAACAUGUACAGCAUUUUUCCAAGAGCACACAAGUGUUACCAAAACUAGAAAAAAGAAAAAACAAAACAAAAUAUUGGCUUCACAUUCUACAGAUAUUUUAACACUUCCAUUUCUCAUUUGUUUUCAUAAUUGUCUGCUGCUAUCUAUUCUAUGUGGAAACAAAGUCUGCAGUUCAACCCUGCUUAGAUAAAAAUGCUCAGAAUUUUAUCCUUUGACUAUUUGUAGAGGCCAACUUAGUUAUUGCUUUUCUGUUGUGCCAAAAACAAAUAAUUGGUUGGGAAAAAAGGUUAAUUUUUGGCCCUUUUUCAAUGAAGUGAUUUUGAUGAAAUAUCCCGAUUUUAGCCUUAGAUUUGGUUACGUUUUCUGAUGAAAUGACAUGUCAAACAUAAUUAGUUCGAGGACUGUCGGAAAGUUAAAAAUCCAUAGAUUUUUUUCUGUUUGUACAGUUUCUGGCUCUGAUAAAUGUUGUAAUUUUUUCAUUUAAAAAAAAAAAAAAAAACAAACAAACCUAACAUGCAUUUCAAACCUGCCGGCAGGUUUUGGGGUUUAGAGGGUUAAACUCACACAGAAUAUUGUUACUUGCCAACAUUAGCAAUGCAAAAAGAGCCUUAGAUAUAUAUUAAAGGAUGCAGUUCUGGACUCCUGGGUUGGAGGAGGACAAGGAGAACUUGUGCUGGAGGCUUUUUUGAUCUGUAUAUUUGGAGCUGGGAAGCUUCCAGGCUACAGAGGCAGCCUGUGUGCAGAGACUGAAGUGAAAGUGCUCCACUGUGAGACAGUUUCCAAACUGAGAGCCUUCCACUGGGCUUUUAAUGUGUAUCUGUACAAGUAUGAACUCGAAAUGUAGUCUGAGGAGAAUUACGACAAAGUCAGUGAAGCCUGCUUCUCCUGUUAAUAUGUCACAUAUCAAUAAAUGCCUAAUGUCCUGUGUA